AUGCAUCAUGGACCCAACUUUCGCACUCAUGCGGACUACACCCAACGCCCUGCAACGCCGGCCAUAUCGUUCAAAGAGGAUCGGCCGUGCAUGCUUUGCCGUGCGCGUAAGACUUCAUGCCGCCGCGCGGGAAAAGAUACAUCUUGCAUAACGUGCCGCAAACGAGGCGAACGCUGCAGCUUUCUCGAUGAUCCCACUCACGAGUCGGCUCUCACUCAUGAGUCGGCAACCGCCUCUCUGUCCGGGGGUAGUCCCAAUGAUUGCGACGGGUUGGAUGACCUCGGACAAACUGGAGUCGGCUUCGACACUUCAACAAUCCUGCCAGGAGAUCUAGCCAGCGACAUUGUUCAGGGCUCCCUUGGAGACCAUACGAAUGACCAUUACAGCCAGCACCCCGCGGACGAGGACGCGAUGUAUGGGGGCUUCACCGAUGAAAGGAUCUGGGGCAGCCCUCCGCCAGAUGAAACACAAUUCGCGAGCACUGCUAUUGGCGCUGGUCUGAUGCAGUUUGAUGGAAUCCCGCUUGCGAAUUCUCAAGUCCUUCAUCAGCAUGAUUUCGAGACACCCGAGCGAGCAGCUCCACUGCCAACAUUUGAAGCCUCGUCAAAUGGCGCGAAUUCCGCGCACGAGAUCGGGAUUAGAUUCUCGACAGAACCACACGAUGGCUGUGCACAGUCGUCUAAUCUGAACGAUGCUGCUUUUACCAUCGACCAAAGACCUGAGUUCCAGAGCGCGUACUUUGGUCUCUCGGGAGAGUCGGACCCUUAUCUUCUCCGGCAUUACUUGUUCGUACAAUAUGUUUACCCAGCAUUUCCAGUUAUUUCUCGGUCACAAAUAGUGACCGCCUUUGAUGGACAUUUCAAGUCUGCGUCCCCGGGACAUGCUCCACUGCCAACUUAUCUGCUGGCCGCUAUAUACGCUUCUGCGCUCCCUUUCACUGCAUACGAUGACAUACUAUGCGUCUCCAGUGUCUACAAGAAACCUUCCGCCCAAAGACUAUGGCAAAUUGUCUAUGACGGGAUUCAGACUACGCUACAUACCCCGAAACUAUCUACCAUCUCAAGCGCAUUACUGUAUCUUCAUAAACCCCGAGUAGGAGUGCAGCAUGUAUCCGCGGACACGUCUUUCGCCUGGUCUAUGAUCGCCUCUGUCGUUGGCUUAGCCACGAGCCUAGCGCUGCACCUGGACUGCAGUUCAUGGUCAAUACCGCCGUGGGAAAAGCGGCUUCGACGCCGCUUGUGGUGGAUGACAUUCUCCGAGGCGACGUGGAGAAGUCUCUUGUUGGGAAGGCCUGCUAUAAUCGCACCAGAUCAGUGGAAUGUGUCGGAGCUCACUUCACUGGAUUUUGAGGUUGGGGAAAUGCUUCUUGGGCUUGGCGAUGAUACGAAAGCAAACGAUUUCGCGGAAAAGCUGCGACUUGCAACACAUGAGUCCGAUGAGGGUAUGAUAUCCCAGCGACUCGCAACUUUGACCAUUAUUGCCGACAAUAUAUACCGUUGUCUUUACACGAUACGGGCUACUGAGAAGCUCGCCGAUGACCUUGCUGGCUCCAUCAGGGCUAUCAAACCUCUUCGUGAAGAGCUCAAGCUGUGGUAUGCUAGUCUUCCUAUCUAUUUAAAGACACCAAAGAUAGAUCCCGAGAGGGUGGCUCCCGCCGCACCAAGCUCGGCAGCCUGCCUCAAAUUCGCGUAUCUGACUCUCGAAAUUCUACUUUACCGAGCUUUGCUUCGGCCACUGGGCAAAAUCGACCUGGAAGUUGUCUCGAAUGCAGUUUCACAGACAGAUGAUCUUUGUAGUAGCUCGGAUGCCAACAUGACUGGACCGGAACUGGGCGAGAGUCUGCGAAACGAGAUAGAGCUGAUUAUAUGUGCUGCCGAAAACUGUGCGAGGAUUAUCAGCACAUUCACCGUCGAGCUGAUGUCUUGGGAUUUUGCCGGUUUCUGGUAUGCUUUGGGCUAA